UAGUAUGCGGUGUGCCUUCAUGGCCAUAACGCCGGCUGGUCUGUGAAUAAAAUUUUAAUAAAUAAACACGCUAUACAGCGUGAUAAUGUGGAAUUCAGGAGAGGGCAUUGAUAAUGUAUUACAGUCCAUCGAAGAUGAACUACGUCAACAGGUGUCUGAACUCCGAGCGCAGUCGUCCGGCGCGCAGCCCCGGCUGGCCAUCGUGCAGGUCGGCGGCCGCGAGGAUUCCAACGUCUACAUCCGGAUGAAAUUAAAAGCAGCUGAGAAUAUAGGCAUCUUGGCUGAACAUGUCCGAUUGCCGAGAGACUGCACGCAAACAGAAUUGCUGACAAAGUUGACAGCCCUGAACGAGUCUCCGCAGGUGCACGGUAUAAUUGUGCAGAUGCCGCUGGACUCUGAUCACCAGAUUGAUUCACAUCUCAUUACUGACGCUGUAUCCUCGCACAAAGACGUUGACGGUUUGAACACUGAGAACGAGGGUCGCGUGGCUAUCGGUGACUUCUCAGGCUUUGUGCCGUGUACUCCGGCGGGCUGUAUUGAGCUGAUCAAGCGGACCGGCGUCAGUAUAGCUGGAAAGCGUGCUGUGGUGCUCGGCCGCAGCCGUAUUGUUGGCACACCGGUCGCAGAACUCCUCAAAUGGGAACACGCAACAGUUACUGUUUGCCACUCCAAGACUAACGACUUGAGUGAAAUCACAAAGACCGCUGACAUCUUAGUGGUGGCCAUUGGCAGGGCUGAAAUGGUCCGCGGCUCAUGGAUUAAACCUGGAGCGAUCGUAAUUGAUUGCGGAAUAAAUCCUAUACCAGACGCGACAAAGAAGAGUGGUCAGCGUCUGGUAGGUGACGUGGCGUACAGCGAGGCGGUGCAGGUGGCGGGGCAUGUGACGCCGGUGCCGGGCGGCGUGGGACCGCUCACUGUGGCCAUGUUGAUGCGCAACACCGUGCUGGCUGCGCGCAGGCAGCUGCAGCGUCUGCUGCUGCCCGCCUGGCCCCUGCAGGUGCUGCGUCUCAACCUGCAGACCCCUCCGCCCAGUGACAUCGUGAUAGCGCGGUCUCAGAAGCCGAAGCAUAUCUCGCGGCUGGCGGAGGAGAUCGGUCUGUUCCCCAGCGAGGUGUCGCAGUACGGCAGCACCAAGGCCAAGAUCUCCCUCUCUGUGCUGGACCGUCUGCGCGACCAGCGCGGCGGCAAGUACAUCGUCGUCGCUGGUAUAACACCGACACCGCUGGGCGAGGGCAAGAGCACGACGCUGCUGGGGUUGGUGCAGGCGCUGUGCGCACAUCGCGGCCGCAACGCCUUCGCCUGCAUGCGUCAGCCCAGUCAGGGACCCACCUUCGGAGUCAAGGGUGGCGCUGCUGGUGGCGGCUACUCCCAGGUUAUCCCUAUGGAAGACUUUAACUUACAUCUAACUGGCGACAUCCACGCAGUCACUGCCGCUAACAAUUUGUUGGCGGCACAAAUGGAUGCUAGAAUAUUCCACGAGCUGACGCAGAAGGACGGGCCGCUGUACGACCGGCUGGUGCCCAAGGUGAAGGGUGUUAGGAAGUUCUCCGCAAUCCAGCUGCGACGACUGAAGAGGCUGGGUAUCAACAAGACAGACCCUGACACUCUGACAGACGAGGAAAGGACCAAGUUCGCCAGGCUUAAUAUUGAUACAAACAAGAUUAUGUGGAACAGAGUUGUGGACUUAAACGAUAGAUAUCUAAGAAAAAUAACGAUCGGUCAAUCCCCGACGGAGAAGGGCUUCACUCGGGAGACCGCGUUCGAUAUAUCCGUGGCGUCAGAGAUAAUGGCCAUCCUGGCGCUCGGGAGAAACGUGGACGAUAUCAAGCAGCGCCUCGCCACCAUGGUGGUCGCACUGGAUAAGAGCGGCUCGCCAGUCACCGCAGAUGACCUGGGCAUGACGGGCGCGCUGAUGGUGCUGCUGCGGGACGCGCUGGAGCCGACGCUGAUGCAGACGCUGGAGGGCACGCCGGUGCUGGUGCACACGGGACCCUUCGCCAACAUCGCGCACGGCUGCUCCUCCAUACUGGCGGACAGGAUCGCCAUACAGCUCGCCGGAGAGCAAGGCUUCGUCGCCACUGAGGCCGGCUUCGGCUCCGACAUAGGAAUGGAGAAGUUCUUCGACAUAAAAUGUCGGGCGAGUGGAGACACGCCGCAUUGCGUGGUGCUGGUGGCAACUGUACGUGCGCUCAAGAUGCACGGAGGAGGACCACCUGUCUCACCUGGACAACCUCUCCAUGAUGUCUAUGUACAGGAGAACGUAGAACUGCUAAGAAAGGGCCUGUGCAAUUUGGGCAAGCACAUCAGCAACGGCAAAGCUUUCUCCGUGCCAGUUGUCGUCGCCAUCAACCGCCACGGUAACGACACGGAAACGGAAUUGAACCUGGUGAAGCAGUACGCGGAGGCAAACGGCGCAUUCCGUGCGGUGGUGUGCGACCACUGGGCGCAGGGAGGUGCGGGAGCACUGGACCUCGCUGACGCGGUCAUUGACGCCUGCUCCUCACCCUCACACUUCAACUACCUCUACCCCCUCACCCUCAGCAUUCAGGAGAAGGUGCUCACCAUCGCCAAGCAGAUGUACGGCGCCGGACAGGUCGAGUACACUGACGAAGUACUCGAGAAGAUCAAAGUCUUCACUGCCAUGGGUUACGACAAGUUGCCGAUCUGCAUGGCAAAGACGUCAAACUCGUUGACUGGCGACCCGGCAGUGAAAGGCGCACCGACAGGAUUCACGUUGCGCAUCACCGACAUGUUUGUGUCGGUGGGCGCGGGCUUCGUGGUACCCAUGUGCGGCGAGAUCAGCAAGAUGCCCGGCCUGCCGACACGACCCAGCAUCUACGACAUAGACCUAAACACAAACACAAUGGAGAUUGAGGGUCUUUUCUAAAUUCCCAAUAAUACGACCAAAAAAGAGUUGCAUUAUGAAACCCUUUAAAGAUACUCUUUUGGUUAAAUUCGUUUUUUUUUAAAUAUGUUUAACUCAAAUAUAUUAUGUGUACGAAAGAUUU